AUGCACAACCCACCGGGCUCCAGCUGUGCCAAGAUCGGAGGCCCCUCAAGCAUCCAAGAGUGCCAUGACUGGUUCCAGAAGCUUUGGGAUGAAGGUGCCGCUUGGGCCACUGAGAAGCUGCAGAAGUCUGAAGCUGAUUGGCAAAUCAUGGUGACGCACUUCCCUUGUGGGCACAAGACCAAGUUCUACAAGGAACUUCACUUGAAGUAUGGCCUGGAUCUCCUGGUCACCGGCCAUGCACAUUACCAGUUGAUGUAUUGGUCCCCAGAGAAGCUUGGUGGCCUGAAGUGUUUCAUCACCGGCGGCGGUGGCGGCAUCACCUCGGAGAACAGCGUGGAACCAGAGAACCCGGACGACUACCAGUAUGGUUUCUUCGACCUGACCAUGACCAAGAAGGAGAUCAAAAUCGAGUCGAUCAACUGGAAAGGCAAUGUGAUUGAGACCGAGACGGUGGAGCCUUACACGGGCACUGAUACCAAGAAAGCAGACUUGGAGCCUUGCGUAAUCCCCAAGCCCGGCUCAACUUGCUACAAGACCAUCAUGUGGGCGAUGAAGGAGCAGACGGGAGCAGAAUUGGCUCAAACAAUUGCUCGAGCUCUUCAAGUUUCAGCAAAGAUGAUGUCAUCACAUCACAUCAAUUUCCAGAAAGCUAUUGAUUGA